UCCACAGUCUAGCUUCCUGUGUUCCUCCCUAACUUUGGUAAAUAUUUCCUCUAUAUAGAUACACAAUUGCAGAGCAUUUUAGACUCAUGCUGUAGGCUUUUUAGCAGAGGAGACGUCUGAUCCAUUAAGAACAUUAUGGGACGAUUUUUCGCUCCAUCCCGUUAUGCACUAUGAUAAUUACCCGUCCCACCUCCCGCGAAGAAACGCCCUUUUUCUUUGGCUGGUUUAUUAACCAGGCGGAAACAUCUCCGCAGAACCAAAUGGAAGUGCCAUACAGUAGUAAGUACUCCAACAGAGCGCAGAGGGUUAAACCCUGGGACCCUGUAGGUGAGUCGGGGUCUGGCGCUGUGAAAAUCGGAUCCAAAUCAGUAAGGCAGACGGGGAAGGAUGACCGACCGGAGAGGCGCCGGGCGCUGAGUAUUAACGGGGCUUUUGCUCGACUCCGGGGCUGCAUCCCCAACGUGCCCGCCGAUACCAAACUAUCUAAACUUAAGACACUUACGCUGGCUACAUGCUACAUCGCCUUUCUCAUGGACCUUCUAGCCAGGAACGGCCCCAACGCAGACAGAGAGGACUCAAGUGCAAAAGGAGUAAAAAAUAACGGAUUGGGGAGACUUCACUGUUCAUCGAAUGGCAAAUAUAAGAAGGGAAAAAGAAGAUCUGGAUGGCCUCAGCAUGUUUGGGCUUCGGAACUGAAAAGCUAAAAUUUUUGGACUUAAAAUCAAGUGCGUCUUUCUUUUUCUUCUUCGUCUGUUUUGAUUUCCUGUAAUUUGCUUUAGGUAAGUUGUUUCAUUCUGGGCCAAAAGGAGCAAAAAGACAUGUAGCUAUUUUGAACUUCUGCAACAUGCAGACAUAACGAGUAAUAUAUCGAAGACCAUAUUUUCUUUAACAGCCUAUAUUAAUAAUUACCGAUGUUUAAUAAAGACAGAAGUACAGACCCGAGGUCAUGAGGACUUUUGUUUUGCAGGCAAGAAAACUGCAUCCAUUCCUUCGGUACUGAAUCUGUCUCUUGAUCAAAGGCAAAUCCCUUAUAACUAUAAAUGUACACUGCGUCUGUCUGAUAUGUCAGAAUUCACCACGGUGUUGACAUCUGGUGAUCCUUAAAAUUAUUAUUGAACUACAAGCCAAAUGCCAAAAACAAUGUCAAAACUGUUAACUCGAUUAGUUUAACAACUGAUAGAUGGUUGAAUUUGUGAUAACGAUGAUGAGGUAGCCUAAUUCAGAUAAGAUGUUCGGUGUUCAUUUUUACGGAUCUUUUUGAGCACGUGAUUUAAAAUAAACUUGUACCGUAUUUGACAAUUCGGACAAGCUGUUUCCUGUUUGUUUUUCACUGUUUCCUGUCAUUACACAAUAAUCCAAACCCUUAAUUAGAGUGCAAUCAAUUAAUAUGAAAUAUACUAUUUUGCAAAAAAAAACAAAAAACUUUUUCGACUGCUACGGAAAUAUUUAAUGAGAGAAAUUUGGCCCUAUAUAUUUUACAGGGUUCGUACGGUCAUGAAAAACCUGGAAAAGUCAUGGAAUUUUAAAAUGGCAAUUUCCAGGCCUGGAAAAGUUUUGGAAAAUGAAUAAACUCAGAAAGUUUUGGAAAAGUCAUGGAAAUUUGUUUUU